AUGAAACUUCAAUAUAAGAUGAAGUUUCGUACACAUGGCUACAAUGGCUCCGUUUUGGAUGGAGGAGCUCUUACGCGGUCGUCAAUCAGACCCAAAGCAGCCGAGUCCCAGCGAAAGCUUCAAGCGUCGGCCACCAUGGACGUGACUGCUCUGCACAACAUCCUGCUACACACGUUCAGCAAUGACGGCGCGGCGCGCAAGGCCGCGGAGGACGCCGUGGCCGGGCUGCACACCGUGCCCGGCUCGGUGCAGCUGCUGAUCCAGAUCACGGUCGAGGCCAGCGUGACGCGCGAGAUCCGCCAGGCCGCCGCCGUGUCGCUCAAGAACCUCGUGCAGAAGUACUGGGAGGGCGCGGACGGCCCCGAGGGCCAGUGGAUGCAGGUGAUCAGCCCCGCCGACAAGGUGCUGGGCCGCCAGAACGGCCUCGAGGCGCUGCUCGUGUCGCAGGACUCGAGCAUCCGCUCGCUGCUGGCCGAGACGGUCGCGUACAUCGCGCGCUUCGACUUCCCGGACUCGUGGCCCACGCUCAUCGACGAGAUCUGCAAGAACGUGCAGAGCGGCGAUGCCAACCGUAUCAUCAACGCGCUGCUGGCGCUGCGCCGCGUGGUCAAGAACUUCGAGUACCGCUCCGAGGAGCGCAUGGCGCCGCUCUACAAGCUCGUGGAGGUGGUCUUCCCCAUGCUGCAGAACAUGAUGGUGCAGAUGCAGACCAACAACUCGAUCGAGGCCGCGCACAUGAUGCACCUCAUCCUCAAGACGUACUGGUCGUGCGUCAAGACCAACCUGCCGCCGCACAUUGCGCAGACCGAGCAGGUCGUGGCCUGGAUGAACAUCUUCCGCAUGAUCAUUGCCAAGCCGCUGCCCGAGGCCAGCGAGGGCGGCGAGCCCGCUGGCCAGCCCACGGACGAGGAGGAGCGCGGCAACUGGCCGUGGUGGAAGCUCAAAAAGUGGGCGCUGCAGAUCCUCUGCCGAUUCUACACGCGUUACGGCAACCCCAAGAAGGCCGAGGAGGAGUACCUGCAGAUGAGCACGGUGUUCCGCAACCAGAUCGCCCCGGAGCUGCUGCCCUGCGUGAUGGAGACGCUCGCGCUGCGCAAGAACGGCCGCUUCUGCACGGACCGCGUCGUGCAGCUCGCGCUGGUGUUCCUGCAGGAGGCCGUGGACUCGGCCGUUACGUACAAGCUGAUCAAGCCGCACCUGGGCUUCCUGCUGUUCGAGGUCAUCCACCCGGUACUGUGCCUGACGCCGAAGGACCUGCAGCUGUGGGCCGAGGACCCGCACGAGUUCGUGCGCAAGACCAACGACGUAUUCGAGGACUUCCUGGACCCCGUGUACGCCGCCUCGAACCUGCUGGCCGACCUGUGCACCAAGCGUGGCAAGGACUGCCUGCCGAACGUGCUGUCGUUCUACAACAACAUCCUCAACACGUACCUCGCCACCCCGGACGACAAGAAGGACUACAUCCAGAAGGACGCUGCGCUGCACGCCCUGUUCUCGCUGGACGGUGUGCUGACCAAGUCCAAGGCGCACAAGGACCAGGUCGAGUCGAUGAUUGUUACCCACAUUCUGCCCGAGUUCAAGAACCCGCACGGCUUCCUCCGCCUGCGCGCCUGCAAGAUCUUCUCGCGCAAGUACAUUGAGGGAAUCAAGUUCAAGGACGAGCAGACCCUGGUGAACAUUGUCAACGGCAUGCUGGAUGCCAUGUUUGACCCCGAGCUGCCUGUGCGCAUUGAGGCCGCCAAGACGAUCCGUUUCGUGGUCAUGUACCCGCACUCUGACACUGUUGUCGAAGUGCUGCGUCCGCGUCUGCCGCAGAUCCUGGAGCAGUUCUUCAGCCUCAUGGACGAGAUCGGCAACGACGAGGUGGUUGUUGCGCUUGAGCACAUCAUUGACCGCUUCUCGUCGGAGAUCGGACCUUUCUCGCUGCAGCUUGUGGCCAAGUUCGUGGAGUUCUUCGGCCAGUUCACUGCUGUUGCUGAGGAGGACGAGGACGCCUCGCUCGCCGCUGUGUCGUGCCUUGACGCCAUCAACACAAUCCUCAUGAGCAUCCACAACCACCCGGAGCUGUACGCUCUGCUGGUGCCCACGCUUGCGCCGGUCAUCCACAAGAUUCUCACAGACUUCGACUACGUCGAGUACAUGGAGAGCGGCAUCGAUAUCCUCGGCUCGCUGGCGUUCUACAGCCAGAAGAUCGCGCCCGACCUCUGGGCUCUGUUCCCGUUGAUCUUCACGAGCUUCAACGACUGGGCCUCGGACUACCUGACCAACUUCGUCCCGGUCAUCGACAACUUCGUCGGCCGCGACAUCGAGGGCUUCCUUACCGGUUCGGCUACGGACCCUGCCACGGGCGCCAACGUUCGCUACCUGGAGCUUGUGUUCAACAUGGCUAAGACGGUCUUCGAGAGCAAAAACGUGCAGGAGAUCGACCUCUGUGCUGCGUGCCGCCUGCUGUACUCGCUGCUGCACAAUCUGUUCGGCAAGGUGGACGAGACCAUUCCUCCUAUUACGCUGAUGGUCUGCACCAAGCUCUCGGAGCCGCUUGUGGACUCGACGGCCCGCAACCUGCUCGGUGUGUUCGCCAGUCUGCUGCACUACAACCCGGCCCUUACUCUGGAUGCCCUCAACUCGCUGGGCGCUGCUGACGGUGUGCUCAAGAUCUGGCUGAGCGACCUGUCCCGGUACGACAACUACCUGGACCGCAAGCUGUUCGUGCUCGGCGCCAUGUCGAUCCUGCGCGCGCCUGCGGACAAGAUCCCGGCUGCACUUCAGCCUCACAUCAAGCAGCUGAUCCAGGCUGCCAUGAAGGUGCUGGCCGAGUCGAUCCAGAACCCGGCUCCGGGUAUUCUGGAGGGCGGCGAGGAGGCCGAGGGCGAUGACGAGGACGCUGAGCACCUCGAGGAGCUGCUGGAGCAGGGCGGCUACGCCUCGAACGAGGACGCCGAGGACGUGGUGGACGACCAGUACUACGCCAUCCUGCGUCAGCUGCGUGAGGAGGCUGAGGGUCAGUUUGGCUACGACGACGAGGGCGACGAGGACUACAUCAGUCUGCUGGACGAGGUGGACGAGGUCGAGUUCUUCCUCAACUCGCUGCAGGGCUUCGCGCAGGCUCACGCUCCUCAGUACCAGGCUUUGGGACUUGAGGCGGACGCUACGACGCAGCAGGCUCUUGUCCUCUUCCAGGCCGAGCACGCUAAGAGGAAGGAGGCUGAGGCCCAGAAGACCCAGUAA